AUGGAGAACCUUCCUCUGGCACCAGAGACCUGGCAACCGCGCGCCACGGUGCCUUACACUGCCCCACGUCACGCAGGACUCGCCGCGCCUUUGCAGCUGGAUGGCUUGGCGUCACAGGCGGCCUUGUGCACCGGCGCAUACUUGCUAGGACGAGGUCGCCGGAGUGCAAAGACCCGCCAUCGGAGCAUUGGGGGCUCGGCUGGUGGCGCCAUCGCGGUGGCAGAGCGCAGCGUCGCCGAGAGGCUGCUGGAGAUGUCGGCGCGCGACUUGCGGCGGGAGCUACAGCUACGGGGCCUAAAUACCGACACGAGCCCCGACAAGCAGAUGCUGCUAGAGUUGGGAACUGCGAGCGGCGUGCUGCCACACUCCGCUGGCCGCCGACGUCGGCGCCUAGCGGCGCAGGUGGACGAGCCGCCCAUCAUCGUUGCCUUGCAGAGGGUCCGACCCCAUCAUGACGACCUCGUGCCAUCCGGGGCCUUCACGGACGGGGAGCGCUUGGCCCUGCCUUUGUGGUCGAAAACGAUGCCGUUGGAGCGCCCGCGGUGGUUUGUGCUGGACACCUCCCUCAAAAGGAGUGCGGUCGCUGCCAGCUACGCCAAAUCGCUUGGAGUUGCUCCGGAUGGGGGGCCUGUGCAAUGCUUGCAUUUUGCCAACGAACCCGUUGGAGAAUUAGACGUUCAAGUCGUACCCGACGGCUCGGUUGUGUUGGGAUCUUCCACCCAAGACAUCGCGGGGCUGCUGGGUAUGGACUUCUUCCACCGCUUUGACGUAGACUUGGACUUGCCAAGGGGCAUAGGCCGCGCGUGGCCCAGUGGCAGUAGUUUACCUCGAGGCUUUGGUCUCACGGAUGCGGUGGAAAUUGAGCUGAAGGGUGACCGGGGACUGUUGGAGGUCGACGCGCACUUGCGCGGCACCGUGUGCAGCGGCACCGACCUUCGCAGCGAACCGCUGCGGGCCCUGGUGGACCUCGGGCAAACGUAUUCUGCCUGCAACUGGAUUGCGGCCAAGCAGGUGCAGAUUUCUGGUGGCGCCGAUCCAUGCAUCCGCCGUGCUGGCGAAUGGCUUGGCUUGGAUGGCCGCCCGGUGGAAGUCCACGAGGCAGACAUGGGCGUGGAGUUGCCAGGCCGCGUGGGCGGUGUGCUCCAGGGCGAGCGCCUUUGCAGCUCCAGGCUCUUCUGGCUUGCCGAGACGCUUCCCAUCUUGGAGCGGCUGGGUUUCGACUCAUCACAGCCACUGGCCGUUCUGGGCCUGGACACUGUGGGAAGGGUGAGGCUGGCAAUUUCUGCAAAGCACAGGAGGCUGUGGCUUCCCAUGUGA